AUGUCCGAGGUUCGAAAACAUGCUUCCCGCAACAGCUGCUGGAUAGUCAUCAACAAGAUAGCUUACGAUGUGACUCAAUUUGUUGGCUCUCAUCCUGGCGGUGAGGCAGUCUUGCUUUCGUACGCGGGCCGCGACGCAACUGAUGCCUUUGUCCCACUGCAUCCUCCAGGUACCCUGAAGGAUUGCCUCAGCGCAGAGUAA